AUGGAAGUCAUUUAUGGCGUUGUGUCAAUUUUACUCAAUGGCGCAGUACUUAUUGUAGCCACUCAAAAACAUAAAGGGAUCUUCAAUUCGUACUCUACAUUAGUGAUAUGUACAACCUUUACUGACCUGUGUUUUAGUAUCAUCAACUUGAUUGUGAUGGAAGUAAGUUUAGUUUUAUUAAGAGUGCCUUAAGGGGUACGGCUAGGGCUCUGGGCUAGGGCUCUGGGCUAGGGCUCUGGGCUAGGGCUCUGGGCUAGGGCUCUGGGCUAGGGCUCUGGGCUAGGGCUCUGGGCUAGGGCUCUGGGCUAGGGCUCUGGGCUAGGGCUCUGGGCUAGGGCUCUGGGCUAGGGCUCUGGGCUAGGGCUCUGGGCUAGGGCUCUGGGCUAGGGCUCUGGGCUAGGGCUCUGGGCUAGGGCUCUGGGCUAGGGCUCUGGGCUUGGGCUGUGGGCUAGGCCUCCGGGCUAGGGCUCUGGGCUAGGGCACUUGGUAGGGAUCUAGGCUAGGGCUCUGGGCUAAGGCUCUAAACUAGAACUCUGGGCUAGGGCUCCGGGCUAGGGCACCUGGUAGGGAUCUAGGUUAGGGCUCUGGGCUAAGGCUCUGGGCUAGGGCUCUGGGCUAAAGCUCUAGGCUAGGGUUUUAGAUUAGAGCUAGGGCUAGCUUAUUAUAGUAGUAGUAAUGCUAUUUUACAGUUAUUUUUACUAUAAAAAAGUAAUUUUAAAAUGGCAAAAAAGUCUUGUUGUCAACUUACAUUAGGUUUCACUGUGAAAAACGACAAAACUUUUCAUGUGUUUUGUAAUUUUAAAAUUUUUGAAAGUCUAGAUUUGAAAUUGAAAAAAGGAAAGUUUUGUUACCUAAAAAGAUUAAAAAAAUAAUUUUUGUUACCUAAAACUAAGAAAAAAGUCAUUUUUUGACCUGGAAAGUAUAAUAAUUUUCAGGUUCCAGAAUGCCGAGAUUCCGGCAUCUUCUUCUUCAACGACAACCCCCUCAUAUCAGGCGCUUCCAGUGCCACCGCCCUAAAGCUGACCUCAUUAUGGCUGCUGGGGGUCUACACUUCAAUAAUGAACAUUGGCUUCCAGUUCUACCAUAGAUACAAAGUCAUUGCCAAGGGCUGUCCCGGCUCUCGGAAAGAGGUCUUCAUUAGUUUUGGCAUUUGUUUAAGCAUCAGUUUUGUUUUGUCUUUCUCCGAGAUUUUCACAUUGAUACCUGGAAGAGAAAAUGAAAAUUAUGUUAAGGAACUUGAGGAUGACAUUAUGUUCGAUGGAAAAGUUGUCUCAUUUUCUGUUUCGGAUCCGGUAAGAAUUUGGUAUACCCUACCCUACCCUACCUUACCCUACCCUACCCUACCCUACCUUACCUUAAAUUACCAUAUCGAACCUUACCGUGCCCAAUCGUACCUUAGAUGGCCCUACUUUACUCUAUCUUGCCAAAUUCUACCGUACCCUACCCCUCGAUAUUUUACUUUACCCUACUCUGUCCUAUUGUAGCAUAUCCUACCCUACGCUAUCAAACUCUAAAUUUUCUCUCUACUCUACCCUAUCCUACUUUACUUUACCUUAAAUUACCAUAUCGAACCUUACCGUGCCCUAUCGUACCCUACUCUACGUUUCGCAAGACCCUUUAAACCCUUGUUUUACAUUUGGCAAACCCUUCGCAAGACCUUUACUACCACACCCUUACCCUGCUCUUCCCCCCCCCCUCCCCCCCCACCCAAAAAAAAAUCUCGAAAAAGUUGAACUUGGUCCCCCCCUCUGGCUACAGCCAUAUCUUUUCUUCAAAUCAAAAAAUUUAAAAAAUUUAAUUUUCAGAAAAACCCAAAAUGUCUGUUCCACCUAAUGUUAUCACAAAUCUUCAUUACUGCCGUAUAUGGAACCGUGAUUUACUGCUCCGUGUCCAUAAUGAAGGCGUUGGGUAGUGCGGGUUCAAAAAUGUCAAAGAACACGAUUCAAGGCAACAGAACAUUGAAUCGCGCCAUGUUUAUUCAGGUGAGUGAUAUACAGGGUGUCUCAAGAAAUUUGCAAGAUUUGAAAAAUUUUUUAUUCAGCGAUAAAGAUCGCUAUAGGUACCAAAUUUGGUACAGCGAUAGUAGAGCAAAUAUAUAUUUUUUAUAAAAAAUUUUGAAUUUUAAAAGUGCAUUUUAAAUUUUUUAUGAUUUUUUAAAAAUAGGCAUUUUUCACCAAAAAUACACAUAUUUUUGGUUGAAAAUGCUUUUUUCUCCGAAAUUUGCGAGAGGAUUAUAAAAUUUAUCUAUUUUCGAAUGAAAAGACAGAUUUUCAUUACUUAUAUAAUCUAAUUUCUACGUUAUUACCGCCGCCCUUAAUACAACGACGCAGCUGAGAGACAAACAAAUCGAUAGCAUCGUUAACCAUUUGUUGUGGAAUGCUAUCGAUCACAAACUUAAUACGCUGCUCCAACUCAGCAAUCGACGAAAAAGGCUGUUUAUACACCUGCGCCUUCACGUGGCCCCAGAAGAAGUAUCGUCGUCGUCGUUGAAAUCGAAAUCGUCGUUGAACUUCAACUGCAGAAUCACAUUCUAUGGCCAAACAAACACACUUUAUCUUGACAUCUUCAUUCCACUUCAUAAUGACCGAAUAGACACAAAUAAGAAAAAAAUAAUAGUGGUUUUAAUUUGCAAUUAUUUUAUAUUUUAUAUUAUUCUAUUUUUAUUGAAAAUCAAUUAACAAUUUUUAUUAAAAAAUUUUGAGUGUUUUUGUGUUAAAAUUUGUAUCUACAAUUGUUGACUUAAUGACUUCAAAUGAAAUAAUUUUUGUUUCAUAAUUUUACGGCAAUUUUGAAGCGAGUUAUAGCCUUCGCCGAUAUCUGAACGCGUCCGCCGGCCUUCGCCGAGCCUGCGCCGACAUUGAAAAUCUGUCUUUUCAUUCGAAAAUAGAUAAAUUUUAUAAUCCUCUCGCAAAUUUCGGAGAAAAAAGCAUUUUCAACCAAAAAUAUGUGUAUUUUUGGUGAAAAAUGCCUAUUUUUAAAAAAUCAUAAAAAAUUUAAAAUGCACUUUUAAAAUUCAAAAUUUUUUAUAAAAAAUAUAUAUUUGCUCUACUAUUGCUGUACUAAAUUUGGUACCUAUAGCGAUCUUUAUCGCUGAAUAAAAAAAAUUUUUCAAAUCCUGCAAAUUUCUUGAGACACCCUGUAGUAAUAUGUUAGCUGAAUAUUAUACAUCGUUUCAAGGCGGUAAGACUUUACUAAAAAGUCAAAUUGGUACUGUUUUAAUAGUUUUUGGUGCUAAAUAGUACAAAAGUCCAAUUUGGACGUUUAAUACCAUUUAGUACCAAAAAAUGUUAAAAAUGUACUAAUUUACAGUUUUAGUACCAAACAUUAUUUAAACUGUACCAAUUUGAACUUUUAGUACCAUUUAGUAUCAAAAAUUAUUUAAACAGUACCAAGCUGACCCUUUAAUAAUAACAGCCAUAAACACCUCAAAUCCCCUCAUUUUCAGGCCGUGUUCCCCUUCGUCCUGAUCGGUAUCCCUUAUGUUUUCGGCCUGCUCGGCACCUUUCUCCACAUAAAACUGCCGGUGGUGGCGUUGGUCGGCUCCCUAUUAAUGGCUUUUUUGCCAAUAGCCAAUGCUUUGACAUUACUCACCACCAUACCCAGUUAUCGACGCAAAUUCUUCGAAAUCUUGGGGAUUAAAGGCUCGAAGAUUCAGAGUUCUACGACUCAAAUCAGCCGGACCAAGGUGUCCGAUACGAAUGAAGCAUUAUAA